GGGCAGAACAGUCCAGGGCCUCCCACCUCCUUUCUCCACGUUCCUGCUCCUCUGGGUCGCUCUGCAGGUGAAGAACAUGGAGAAGCUGCAGCUUUGGCUCCUCGUCCUCACUGGCCUCUCGGGAGCCGUCGCCCAGUCAGAUCUCUAUGGGCAGGUGUUUGUUUUUCCAAAGGAGUCUGCUGAUGCCCACGUUAUCCUGAACAUGAAAAAUAGUGGUCCUCUGCAGACCUUCACCGUGUGUCUGAGAUAUUUCACAGACCUGACCCGGCCCUACAGCCUGUUCUCCUACAAUACCAGGGCCAGAGACAACGAGAUCCUCCUCUUCAAAGAGAAGCCUGGGGAGCUCAGCCUGAGUGUUGGCGGGGAAGCAGUGAUCUUCAAAGUCCCAGAAAACAAAGGCACAAGCACUGGCUGGGAGCACGUCUGUGCCAGCUGGGAGUCUGCCACCGGCAUAGCCGAGCUCUGGAUGAACGGGAGUCCCUUACCCAGGAAGGGGCUGAAGAAAGGCUACUCUGUCAGCAACCAGGGUGUGCUCGUCCUGGGGCAGGAGCAGGACACCCCCGGGGGUAGAUUUGAUGCCAAGCAGUCAUUUGUAGGGGAAAUUGCUGAUGUGUACAUGUGGGACCGUGCCACCCCAAUUGCUGCAAUGCAGGCUGCCAAUGAUGAUUCGCAGCUGCCCCCCUCCAUUGUGGGCUGGGGCAGUUUGCAGUAUCAAAUAAAGGGUUACGUGGUACUGAAACCCAUGCUGGCAUAAGGGUCCUGUUGAAAUGCAGCCUUGCCUUGGGAACAGGGGCCUGGCCAUCCAGCUCCAAACCCCAUUCGUGCAUGACAGAGAAUAGUGAUGCACACACUUCAGCAGCAUCUGAGCAAAACUAGCGUCAACCUCUGCUCUUGUGAACCCUAUGGGAACAGUGUGAAAUCAACCAAUCCCUGGUGUUUGUGUCAUUUGGGCAUUUACCUGUGUCUAAAGCCUGGUCUGAUUCUGUAUCCCAAUAAAUGAGCUGAUU